AUGCCGGACGAUCACCGACGGUUAUACGCCCAUUUCGCCACGACCGUGAUGCCCAGGCUAGUCCGCCCAAAUUGUCCGUCUGAGUGCAUUGAUCAAUCAUACAUGCUGCAGUUGGCACAUGUGUUUUCACCAUUAAUGGCAAUCAUGCUAGCCAUCGCAGCGGCCGAUCUGGGCAGAGAAGAGCUGGCGAUGGAUCGUUACCUAUCUUCUCUGCACGGUUUGCAGGAGGCUCUAGCCGAGGUGAGCGAUGCGGGAAAUGAAGACGCCUUUUUGGCAACAACCAUCUUCCUAUGUGUAUUCGAAAAUCUUCGAUCAGAUGGCCCUCCGAGCAUUGGGUUGCAUGCGAAGGCAGCCGGCGUGCUACUUUCCCGACGACACCCCGGAGAAGCAUCGCAAUCUUCAUCCCAACCAGAUAAGGUGUUUGAACGCACCUGCGCAGAAUCAUUUCUGUAUCAUAGCACACUCACUAUGCUAUUGGACCCCUCUCUCGACCUGGUUAUCAGCAACAUCCCACGCUGUUUAGUCAACAUGCCAGCCCAUACGUCAAGAGAAGAACAAGAUGUUCCGCAUUUUGUCCUGGAAGAAUCCUAUCAUUUCUUCAUCAUGAUCGCAGAGGUGACACGCCUUGCCAGGUUAUCCCGACCUAUAUGUCCCGCCGAGCGGCAGACUUGGAUACGCCUCCAGGCUGAACUCUUGCAGUACCAGGUUAUCGGUUGUAUGGACGAUCCGAUGAAGAGCCUUUACGUGUAUACUCUACGAAUCCUCUUGUUGAAAGCAGAUUCUACGCGAACAGUCAUACGGCGGACCACCGAGAUGAGGGCUCUUUUGCAAAAAGGGUUGUCUACCUUAGAGACCUUGGAUGUUCAGAAAUACCUAAUUGGGUACUCACUUUGGCCUAUGGCUGUGCUCGGUGCAAUUGCAUUAGGUGAAGAUGAGCAGCGCAUUAUCGACGGGAUCAUUGAUCCAUGGGCUCGUGCGGGACGCGGACAAGCUGUGCGAUUACGAGGUCGACUGAAGACUAUCUGGGCCACGCCGGAGGACAACCAGGAGACUCUGCUACUGCGAAGGUUACAUCUAUUGAUGGAAAUGAAUUGA